AUGGACGGCCCGUGGUCCUUGUCGCUGGACCCCGAGCUGCAGCGCUUCCUGGACGCGGAGACGCAGAAGCAGCGCGCGCAGCGGCUCAUCCACCAGAUGACCGAGCUGUGCUGGGACAAGUGCGUGGACAGGCUGGGGCCCAGGCUGGACGGCAGGGCCGAAGCCUGCCUCGUGAACUGCGUGGAGAGCUUCCUCGACACCAGCCACUUCAUCCUGAGCCGCCUGGAGCACCUGCAGCGGUCCAAGCCCGCCUUCUCGGAGAGCCUUUCCGACUGAGCCCUCGCCCCUUCCUUGGAAAAGCAAGGGACUACUGUGAAAGAGGUGGCAGAAAGAAUGUACAAGCCAAAGGAAGCGUAAGACUCUCUACAACGUGCUCCCCCCAGAUACAAAAUGGCCUGGAUAUCCAUGACCUCACAGCCUA